AGAUGGCGCAACCCGGUGUUUUACUCGUGCGACUCAGAGCGUUGUAUAAUGUUUCCAAAUGUGUUCCUACAGGAGGCCAAACUGCGUCCAACUGGAGCAGAGAGAUGCGGUGGUACAGCACAAAAGCGCGAAGCUUUGAGGAAAGCGGGACACCGUAUUUACAGACCAAACGAGAUAACUUGAGCCCAAACCUCCUGAAGGAGUUUCCAGAUCCUAAAGGUCUCUUGAAUAACACCAUCUCCCGGUCACUGGGAGUCAACGACCUGUCCCAGCUCAUCCAGUACAGCUGCACGGACAGUGCUGGUGUUAAGAAAGCCACUGUCACUCUGCUGUGGCCCUGCAAGAUCGAAGAGGAAGGUUUCGCCUCCAAGAAGAUCGAUGCAGAGCGAUUUGCUGCAGCUGCUGCUUGUUUCAAGCUCAGAGAAAUGGGUGUCAUUGGCCAAAAUAAUCAGCUCCCAAAGAGGGGAGCUGGCAGGGGAAGUGGAGGGCUACAAUCUCAACUGUAUGAUAACGAGGAAGAGUCGUUGACAGAAAAUGUCCUUGUGCCUAAAGCGAAAGCAGAUGACCCGGAACAAUGGCUUCCCCCCAAAGAAGACCCCCCCACCAUCUCUGAAGCUCUUUCCCUGUUUCCACAACCUAAAUCUCUCCUCACCAGGGUCAUCCAGGUGGCCACGUCAUCCAACAGAAUCAGGGAGAUAAUUCAGUUCAAAAUAACAGGAGGAAAGCUGAAGAAGUGUGACCUGACGCUGCACUGGCCAGAGGAGAUGACGUUCUCCGCCACGGCGAGAAACCGAGUGCUGGCAGAGAGGACGGCUGCAGCUCUGGCCUGCAUGAAACUGAAGGAGCUGGAGCUGCUGGAUAAAGACAACAACCCGCUGACUCACGCCAAGUACCACCGACAGAAGGUGAGGGAGGCGGGAGAGCGAGAGAGACGCCCCCUCCCUGUGGAAGUCCCAGAAUACCUGGAGGAGCACAUGAGAGAGUACCUCGCACAGUACCCAGUGGCAACAGAGGUACAGAAGCUUUGGGAGGAAGAAGAGGCCAGAGGACAGCAGGCGGUGAACCAGGAGGAUGAGGAGGAAGAGGAGAACCUGACGGACGCCAUCACAGGCCGGCCGUACAGACAUCUUUCCGAACACGAGGCUCGGCAGCUCAGCGCCCACCUGCAGGAGGAGUGGGAGAGGGUGAGCCCCGGGCUGAGUGUGGAGCUCCCGGUCGAUGCCCACCGUCAGCGCGUGAUCUCCGAGGUGCAGUCGUCCCGGGUGGUUGUGAUCGCUGGUGAGACGGGAUGUGGGAAGACGACCCGCAUCCCUCGCUUCCUGCUGGAGGGGUCUGUGAGAGGUGGCGAGGGGGCCACGUGCAACAUCCUGGUGACCCAGCCUCGCCGGAUCAGCGCCGUGUCCGUGGCCCAACGUGUUGCUCAUGAGAUGGGUCCAGCUCUGAAAUCCUCUGUGGGAUAUCAGGUGAGACUCGAGAGCCGACCACCAGAGCGCAGCGGAGGAGCCUUGCUCUUCCUCACAGUGGGCGUCCUGCUGAGGAAGCUGCAGUCCAACCCGUCCCUGAAGGGAAUCAGCCACGUGGUGGUGGACGAGGUCCACGAGAGGGACAUCAACACGGACCUGCUGCUGGCCCUGCUGCGCUCCAGCCUAAAGGAGAACCCCGACCUACGAGUGGUGCUUAUGAGCGCCACCGGGGACAAGCAGAGGCUGUCCGAGUACUUUGGGGGCUGCCCAAUUGUUAAAGUGCCCGGAUUCAUGCACCCGGUGAAGGAAAAAUACCUGGAGGACGUGCUGAGUGAGAUGGGACGCCCGCUGCCAGCACAAAAGAGAGUGGAGACAGACAAGCGGGGAGGAAGAGAAGAUGUCACGCCAGAUGCGGAUUUAGUAGCUGAUGUAAUCGAGCAUAUUGACAGAUGUGGAGAGCCAGGUGCGGUGUUGUGUUUCCUCCCUGGAUGGCAGGACAUCAGGGCUGUUCAAGAGAAACUGGAGGGGAGGCCACACUUUUCCUCCGGCUCACAGAUGAUCUUACCAUUGCAUUCCAGUUUAUCAGUGUCAGACCAGCAGGCGGUGUUCCAGCGCCCCCAAGUGGGCCAGAGGAAGAUCGUCCUCGCCACUAACAUUGCAGAGACCUCCAUCACCAUAGAUGACAUCGUCCACGUGGUGGAUGCAGGAACUCACAAAGAACACAAUUAUGACCCACGGACUAAGGUCUCCUGUCUGGACACAGUUUGGAUAUCUCAUUCUAAUGUCACUCAAAGAAAGGGGAGAGCAGGGCGAUGUCAGCCGGGACAGUCCUACCACCUGUUCCCUCGACAGCAGCUGGAGUCCAUGACUCCCUUCCCCAUCCCCGAGAUCCUGCGCACGCCGCUGGAGAGUUUAGUCGUGCAAGCCAAAAUCCACAGUCCUAACUGCAAGGCUGUAGAUUUCUUAUCCCAAGUGUUGGACAGUCCAGAGCGAGAAGCUGUGAGCGAGGCUGUCCGAAAUCUACAAGACAUUGGAGUCUUGGACAAGACAGAAACCCUGACGCCUUUAGGAGAGCGUGUCUCCUGCAUGUCGUGUGACCCUCGUCUGGGCAAAGUGCUGGUCCUCAGUGCCAUGUUCAGAUGUGUUCUGCCCAUGCUGUCUGUGGCGGCCUGUCUGACCAGAGACCCUUUCUACAACAGCCUCCAGAACAGAGCCCUCGUCAACAAGGUGAAAGGGAAUCUGAGCCGCUCCAGCUACAGCGACUAUCUGGUGUUUAUUCGAGCUGUGCUGGGCUGGAGGAGACUUCAGCAUGAGGGGGACCGGGAGGACCGGGAUGAGUAUCUCUACAAACACACUUUGUCCAGGUUCAGCCUUCGAUUCAUCAAUGGUCUCAUCUCUCAGUUCGGCGACAACCUGAAUGAAGCCGAGCUGGUGACUCGUGCCAGCGAGUGCCAGCGUUCCAAUUCUCUCUACAACGAGCACAGCAACCAGGACGAGCUGCUUAAAGCUGUGCUGCUGGCCGGACUCUAUCCCAACCUCAUUCAGGUGAAGAAAGGACUUGUGACCAAAGGAGGACGCUUUCGCCCCAAAAGCAUGUGUUUCCGCACACACAAUGGGCCGGUGGUGCUUCACCGCGCCUCAGUCAACAGGGGAAAAGAAGAGCUCCCGAGUCGCUGGUUGACCUUUUUCAGCGCUAUCCAGUCCAACGGGAACGUUUUCAUCAGAGACUCUUCUACAGUCCAUCCACUCGCCCUGCUGCUGCUCACAGACUGUGAUAUCACAGAGACAGUGAAGGGAGACCGAGUGGAAGUGUCAUUUCCUGGACGCUCUCUGGUGCGCUGCGAGUUGUCAACUAAGACCUGGGAGCUGCUGUGGGAGCUACGCACUUCCAUUCAGACCAUGCUGUACCGCAACCUCAACAAUCCCAGCAACGCAAUCACCAACUCCUCUCAAGACGGAAAGCUCAUCGCCUUACUCGUGGAGCUGCUCAACAAUACAGACUCUGACUCUUCGGCUCAGAGCCACGACAGUGACAGCGAGGUGGAUUGAUGACGCUGAGCACCUUGUACCCGCUGGCUGAUACAGACAAACCAAAGAGGUUGAUGGUGUCCCAUUUAUAUGUUGUUUUCUUUAAAGGAAGAACUUGAGUACUUAGUCAAUACUUGACUUGAAGAGCAGAAACCCAGAGUGGACUGUUGUCUGCUACAGUUACUGUUAAGGUAAAUCAUAAACUCCUAUAUGGUGUGAGGAAAUCCAUUGGUUUGGACUGUGGUUUACUGCAUUUGUAUUUGCUUUCUGAAAAGCAGAAGUUGAAUUUUACCCAGAACUCUCAGAUCAUUGGCUAAAGGUCAUUAAAACGGACUGCAUGCAAUAAAUGGUGUCGUAUUUAUUGCAAUAAAUAUUAAAAUGCCAACAUGAGAGAAAUGAUCAGAUCUCUUUUAUUGUUUGAAUGAAUUAUUGAGCUGCAGAUAAUGAGAACAGAAAAUAACUCUAGUGUUUACCGAAACGUCCGGAACACAGCAGAAGAAGAAAAGAAUACAGGCAGAGUCUCUGUAGAUACAAACAGCGGUGGACCAUUGUAGUGGACCAUAAGUGAU